ACAGAGAAAAGGGAGAAUUUGUAGCUUAAAAAAAUACCACCUUUUGCUUUGAGCUUUCUUUUCAUCAUUCACCUAAAAAGUAGAUAGGAUUGGUGUUUGGAUGUUUUCUUUUCUACCCAGAUUGAUUAGCCAUCGAAAUGUGUUCACCCCACCUCCUACUGGUGUUAUCAUUAAUCUCAUGCUUUAAUAUUGUCAUAUUCUUUCUUUAUGUAGAUGCAAUUUCUAUCUCCAAUAAUACAGGAGUUUGGUUUGAGUUGAUUCAUAGGCAUUCGCAUAAGCUAAAGACAGAGGAUAAUUUGCUUGGACCACCCAAGAAUAGAUCGGAUCGUAUAAGGCAGUUGCUUGAAAGUGACAAUCUCAGGCAACAAGUCAUUGCAUCACAGUAUAAUAGAAAAAGAAGGGGCAUAAGUGUUUAUGAUGGAAAAGAAACAGCCGAGAUUCCAAUACAAACAGGUACAGAUAUUAGAGUGGCAGAAUACUUUGUAUCAUUUCGAAUUGGAAGUCCUCGACCGCAAAAGUUUUUGUUGGUGGCAGAUACAGGCAGUGAUCUAACAUGGAUGCACUGCAAAUAUAGGUGCAAAGGGUGUCCUAUGAGCAGUCCUCACCGUGGUAGGGUCUUUAAUGGUAAUGAUUCCCCUUCAUUUCGGACAAUUCCAUGCUCCUCUAAAAUGUGUGAAGAUGAUCUUAUCCCUUAUCAAAGCGUGGCCGAUUGUCCUUCCCCAGAGCUACCAUGUAUCUUUGACUAUGGAUAUGCUAAUGGGUAUCGGGCAAUAGGGAUUUUUGCUAAUGAGACUGUCAAGGUGGGACUCCAUAGUAGGCUCAAGAUAGUACUAUUUAAUGUGGUUAUUGGGUGCACAGUAAAAUUCAUUGGUGACUCAAAAUUAGAUGGAGUGUUGGGCUUAGGGUAUAGUAAGCAUUCUUUUGUCGUAAGGUUGGCAGAAGUAUUUGGAAACAAGUUCUCAUAUUGCUUGGUUGAUCAUUUGUCUCCAACUAACGUCAGAAACUACUUAAGUUUUGGAGAUGUGAAACAUACAAAAGUGCAAAAUAUGCAAUAUACAGAAUUACUACUAGAUUACAUGAAUCCGUAUUAUUGUGUUAAUGUUAGUGGAAUAUCAGUGGAUGGUAAAAUGCUAAACAUUCCACAGGAGGUAUGGAACAUCACUGGUAAGGGUGGAGUUAUUCUUGAUUCAGGCACAAGCAUGACAAUUUUGGCAGGAGCAGCACAUGAUACAGUGGUAAAUGCAUUUAAAGUUGCCCUGGCAAAUUUUGAAAAGAUAGAGAUACCAGGAAUACCUGUAAAACAUUGUUUUAGUACUGAAGGGUACAAUGAAUCAUUGGUGCCAAGACUUGUAUUUCAUUUUGCAGAUGGAGCUAAAUUUCAACCGCCAAUUAAAAACUAUGUGAUUGAUGUUGCUAGAGAUACAAAGUGUCUUGCAUUUACUUCUGGUGGAUGGCCAGGAACAACUAUUAUUGGUAAUAUUUUGCAACAAAACCAUCUUUGGGAGUUUGAUCUUGGCAGGGCUAGGUUGGGUUAUGCUCCUUCAUCCUGUAUUAUAUCUGAUACAUAGAAGUAACAACUUCCUUUUUAGUUUGUGGAUGUUGAAAGCAAUACUUAUGAAAAUUGUAUCUUUCAAUUAAUUUAAUUGUACUUAAAAUAAUGAUAAUAAUAAUGAAUGCUAAUUAAUUAGUUAAACUAA